CACUCGCGCCGCGCCCGCCGCUCCCGCCGCCGCUCCGCUCCCCGCGGGAGGUUGCGCGGGUCGGGGGCGCGGAGCCGUCCCGCGCCGGCCAUGGCCUAGCGGAGCGGCCGGCCCCCGAAGAUGAGUUUCCCCGCGGAGGACGGCGUGGGCAGCCUCUGCCACAAAGCGCUGCAGAUCAUCUCCGAGCUCUGCCUGGGCGGGCAGGUGGAACGGGAGAAGUGCGCCGGCAUCUUCCCCCUGGAGACCGCCCGGCAGGGAAUCGGCGGCACAGACAUCUCAGUCAGUCUGCUAGCAGUAGUCGUCAGCUUCUGCGGGCUCGCCUUGCUGGUAGUCUCACUUUUUGUCUUUUGGAAGUUGUGUUGGCCCUGCUGGAGAAGCAAACCCCUCACUUCCAAUGCCAGUAAUGUCCCUCAGAGCAACUCCAGUGCUCCUACGGAGGUUUUUGAGACCAGUGAAAAAAAGGAAGUUAAAGAAAAUGAGAAACCUACCACAAAGGUACUUGAAGCUGCAUUGAAAAUUAGCCACACUUCACCUGAUAUACCAGCAGAGGUCCAGAACGCACUGAAAGAGCAUCUGAUCAGACAUGCACGCAUGCAGAGGCAGAUCACUGAGCCCACAUCGUCAUCAAGGCACAAUUCUUUCAGGAGGCACUUGCCAAGGCAGAUGCAAGUGUCCAGUGUUGAUUUUAACAUGGGGACAGAUCCAAUUUUGCAAAGGGGAGAGACGACAACCAGCAUUGGGAGAAUAAAACCAGAACUCUACAAACAGAAGUCUGUGGAUUCUGAUGGGCAACAAGAAGAUGUGAAAACAUGUGGAAAACUUAAUUUCACUCUCCGGUAUGAUUAUGAGAAUGAACUUCUGGCUGUCACAAUUGUCAAAGCCUUAGAUCUGCCUGCUAAAGACUUCACAGGAACAUCCGACCCCUACGUUAAGAUUUAUCUGCUUCCAGAUAGGAAAAAGAAGUUUCAGACACGAGUUCACAGAAAGACAUUAAAUCCUGUUUUUGAUGAAACCUUUCAGUUUCCUGUAGCCUAUGAUCAACUCAGCAACAGGAAAUUGCAUUUCAGUGUUUAUGAUUUUGACAGAUUUUCUAGACAUGACAUGAUUGGGGAAGUUAUUCUUGAUAACCUUUUUGAAGUCUCAGAUCUCUCCAGGGAAGCCAAUGUAUGGAAAGACAUCCACUGUGCCACCACAGAAAGCAUAGAUUUGGGUGAGAUCAUGUUUUCCCUUUGUUAUUUGCCUACUGCUGGGAGAAUGACAUUAACAGUCAUCAAAUGUAGGAAUCUCAAAGCAAUGGAUAUAACUGGCGCAUCAGAUCCAUAUGUCAAAGUGUCACUGAUGUGUGAGGGUCGAAGACUGAAAAAGAGAAAAACGACCACGAAGAAGAACACGCUCAAUCCCGUUUAUAACGAGGCCAUCAUCUUUGAUAUCCCUCCAGAGAAUGUGGACCAGGUCAGCCUCUCCAUUGCAGUGAUGGAUUAUGAUCGAGUAGGGCACAAUGAGGUCAUUGGGGUAUGUCGGACAGGAAUUGAUGCUGAAGGGCUUGGAAGAGAUCAUUGGAAUGAAAUGCUGGCUUACCCACGUAAACCAAUAACUCACUGGCAUCCACUAGUAGAGUUACCUGGCCGAGCAACCAGUUUUGAUAGCCAGGGAUCUUGUUCCUCACCAAAACCACCGCUUACGCCCUAGAGAACAAGAGUGGAUUCAUCGUAUUCAGUGUCCAAAGCUCCCUUGUAGCUCACACCUACAUAAACAGAAGGUUCAGCUUCCGCAGAUGAACUGUGUCCAUAUUUUUUUAUUAAAAUACAUUUUUCCUAUUAUAAGUCUUAUAUUACAGUUUAUAAUAAUUUCUUAAUGUAUGAAUGAAGUUGACUUGAGCCAAAUAUAACCCUUCCUCGUACAAGAUCAUUCACCUGUUUUCUCGCUGGCAUAUAUCCGGUGUCAUAUCCAAGCAGUGUUUUGGUAUGACCUAUAUCUUUGCAUAGACAAAGAAAUCAGAAAAAGAAUCCCUUAAGCAAUUCAAAACCACUGCAACUUGUAAUGCCUAAUGCUUUUGAGGGAGAGCAAAUAGUCAUAUAUAGCUCAUGUAAAUUUCUUCUAAAUUGCACUAAAUUCUGUAUGACUUCUCGAGAUAACACUUCAAACUGAAUGUUGCAUGAAAAAAAAAACCCAACUGUUGUCAUGUUUUGAGUGUUUGGAAAAUCAGUUCAUUCCUUGGGCAGGGAGGAAGGACUGAUCAGAAGCCCACUGCAGCCGAUGAGAAGGACCCUUGUGGCUUCACUGGGUUUUAGUCCAGCCUUUGUGGAACACGCCUCACAACUGGAUCUAUGCAGUCAGAAUCUUCCAGCAAUCAAGACGCCGGCUGCCCCUGCAGGAACUUUGUUAUCCUGUCCAGCAAAGCAGCCAGGCCCGUGUGCUGUGCCCAGCGGCUGGUUUGCUCCGGCCACCCACCGGCAGACGAAGAGCUACCGCGGACGUCCCCGCGUGGCGCCGAACGGCGCGUGCACGGGUAUCGUUGUGGAGAGCGAACGGGUCUGCAACGAGCCGGGCGGCUGGUGGUGCGGCUCCCCAGAGAUGUAGGUGCCUCCUGACGGGUUGCAUCCAGCCCCUUCGAAGCGGCCCGUUUGCUGCUGGCAUCACGCAGCCUUUGCUUCGUCUUUACGCAGGUCAAACUGUAGAUGAAAGAAUGCUCUGUAGUAAAGGAAUUGAUUUCAUGAAUUUGGGCUGUUCAAAAAAUUGACCAGACGCUGCAGUUACACACAACAUUCUUCUGAUUCUCGAUUUAAUGUGAUGGUAUUAGAUUCCUUUGAAGUUAUUUUGACAAAGUGCGUGGUUCACAUGGAAUACUUUCCAGUCCUUGGCUGAUGCCUCUAGAAUUAUAUGCUAAAUAUGAAUUUGAGAUGUGUUUUCUGUCAAUAUGUGGAGAGAGAAAUUGAAAUGCAUCAAUUUUAUAAACUAGUAAACUCAUUUAUUAGAAUACACGGUGACAGCAAAUGCAAAAAAGUAUUAGCUGAAGUGAGUUACUUUAAAAACUGGAAAAGAACUACAUAUUAUUUUGUGGAUUUAGCUCUUUUUAACACUUCAGUUUACCUCAAUUGAAUAGUUAUUUUCUUCUUUCCCUUUUUUCUGUUUUUCUUUUCCUUUCUGCAAAGAGCAUGGCAAAGACUGCAUGACUGAGAUUUUGAAAGCUGAACUGUAACUAGAAAAAAGUUGAGGUGGUGGCUCUUUAUGUAUCUUUGUAAUGUAUAAAGAAAAGUGAGAACACCGUAUUUUCCAAAAUGGUGUUUUUAAAGAUCUGUCAUACACAAGAAAAAUGCCAGUGGAAGAUCAGUUUAUGAUAAUGGAAGAAUUUGUGAGAAUUAGCCUAGUUAUGAAGGUAAAAGGCAGUUUAGACGUAUUUCUGAAGAACCAUUUUGGCUUUGUUAGUUUGGCCUGGUUGACACAGGGUAUGUUUAUGAUGAUCCAGUCCAUCCAUACCACUAACUAAUCUCUAAAACAGUCAAAUAUUGACUUGAAGUGUCUUAACUGCUCCAGGAAAGUUAGGAAGGCUGGUCUUAACACUGAAGGUGUUUCUAAGGCAAAAAAAGAAAGCAGGUUUUAUACCCUGCCUUCUGUGCCUACAAACACAGCAAGCAAGAAAACAGAUAAAUAAAUAAGUAUUUCAGACUUUCUUUACAAAUUUAAAAAAAAAAAAAAAAAAAAAAAAAAAAAAAAGGAAAAAAAUAAAGGCUCCAGCCCAGGUUUUCAAAUAUCUGCUCCAGACUGGCAUUCAUGGCCUCUAGACAGAAAUAGUUUUUCCCAGAGAGGGCUGGUAAUGCUGAACACUGAUCCUCCCUGCUCAAUAUUGUAUUUUCAUCGCCAUAAAUACAGAGCAGCCUUGCAGAGUUUAGUUCUUCCGUUUGCUCUGGGUGAGUAAUUUUUUAAAUAGGAGAACAAGCACUCCUCUGUGGGUUUUUUUUUCCUCCCGUCAUUGUUAUCAUUAUGAGAUUCUGUGGUCUAGAUCAUUUUCAUCACGAUUUUGCAAGGUUGAUAUAGAAACAGAUUGAUAUAUAUAUAUAUAUGUGGAGACUGAAAAACUAUUUUGUGUAUACAUUUACCUUAAUAUAAAUUAUAUAAGCAGUGGCCUUUGUGGCCUAGAAAAUACUUUUUGUAAUGUGGUACUGUAACAGUUAACUAAAUAUCCUUUGCACUUUUUUGCACCUAAUAUCCAAAAAUCUAACAAUUUCACGAUCAAAUGUAGCAUUAGUGUUCAGCAAUGAGCAACAUCUUUUUAACUAUUUAAGUGUUCUCUAAGUAUGCUGUGUGUUUCAUCAUAAGUAGUAAGUUAUUUCAAGAUUUGUUUUCUUAAAUUUAAAUUGUUGUCAAACACCAAAGGAAUAAUAGCUCAGUUUGUGCCCUCUUGUUGUGUUAUUUUUGGUAUUGUUAAUAACAACAGUUAAUUACUUCCAUGUCUAAACUUGAUUUAUGGGUGCUCUGCAUCUAGGAAAAAUCAGGCUGCAAAAUUAUUGGGAUAUCUAACUUCAAAAAUGAUCCCCUAAUUAAUUAUUUUUAGUCCCUUAUCAGUGAUUAAUAUAAUUAAUGCAAAAUGGUUUAUUUUCUUUUUUCUGCUGCCUUCAUAGCUCUCUCACAAAACAGAGUAUAUAAUUAGUAUAACCAACCCAUUGGCUGUAGAGCCUGGCUCACAAGUUACUCUCUGAGUGUACUCACAGAACCACCGAGUAAAAGCUUGUCACAGUUUUAGUCAAUUCAUAUGUUUCUUUAUGUAUUUUUUUUAUUAAGAAGUUUAAAAUAUUUUAAUUUAGAGAAGCUGUAAACUCCCUGCUCCCAUUCUGAAUGGGUUUUUGUUGCUUAUCCACAUUUCUGUCAUAUCAGAAACAUUAGCCUAAUUUGAGAAAAUCAAAUCUGGCAAAUGGUUGGUGCAAAAUAUAUUGUAGCAAUUUUACAACAGUUUGAAGGAUUCACAUUCCUAAAAACCUGAGUUAUUUUUAUUUAAAUGAUUUACUGGAAACAGUAAGAGUACUUAAUAAGAGUUGUACUUUGCACUGCAGAACUUUUUUAUACUUUCAUAACAGUAAACCACAGAACUGUACAGAGAAAGCACAUGAUGGAUUAAGUGGUUCCAGGGGAGCUGUUAUAUUUUUAUAUUUAUUUUCAAUAAUGCACUGUAAAGUGAAAAAGCCCACAUACAAAUAUAUCUAAUGAGCCAUUCUAGUCUUUUGGGUAAAUACUGUUUUCAAGCAAUUGUUUCCCUUCCCCACAUUAAGUAAGUUUUCAGGGACCAUUAGAUUUGCUCUAAGCAACCAUAAAAUUGUUAUUAGGUCUAUGCAAAAUGUUAAGUAGCACCCUAAACGGCAGGUAGAUUUAGGAUUCUAGGGGCACUGCAGACAGUAGCAUAGGUGGGCAUAUGCUCAAUAAGAUGUAAGUCACAUAUUGUACUCCCACGCUCUCAACUUUAGAUCUCUGCAUUGUAUACUUCUGCCGAUACGGCCCUUCCCCUCACUGUCCCAGCAAGCAGCCAUCACUUUCUCCACCAUCUUUUGUCUAUACUGGGCUUCUCUUCAAGCAGUAGACCCUUACUCAUGUCUGCAGUGCUGAAAGCUGACUCCUGGCCUUAAAAAAGUAGUAAUACGAAACCUAUGGGGUCUUGACCAAAAGGUGUAGGAUAGUUACAUUUUUCAUAUAAUAUCUGUCAGAUCAUCCAAAACAUGGAUAAAAUAUAAUAUAUACAACGCGAGUAUUAAUGCAUGUUUUGAUGUAAAAUUUUCACACCACAACUGAGACUCAGUUUAACCCUUUACUCAAAAGCUUCUGAGGUUUUCCAGUCUAAACUGAGCUUUCUGGUGUCAGAAAAUAGCUAAAUCAUGGCACAGAGCAGACCGCAGAGCUAAGACAGAGUACAAUAAGGCAGUAGACACGAAGUUACUCAGUGUAACUGCAAACACUCUUAAAUGAAAAACCUCCUUUCAAAACUGAUAAUCAUUACAAUAUCAAUAUCACUUGUCCUUUCUUUCUGUAAAGCAAGGAGAAAGAGGGGCGUUCCUGAAGAAGAGUCAGCAUUAGGCAUAGGAGUUAAUUGAGGUGCUGAUCACAGCCAUUUGUAAUUUCCAAAGCAAAUAAUACCUUAACUUCAAAAAAUGUCUUUUGUUUACUUAUCCGAAUGAAAUAAUAUCUCCUUCACAGUUCCCCUUUUCCUUAGCCCCAGCUGGAAACUGUCAGGUUUUUUUAACAGCACACAGGAAACCAAGAGCUGGAACUGUAAGAGAAAGUGAAGCUGCAGGUGGGAUUUAAAAAUCACAGAGGAAUCUGGUCAGGAAAAUGGAACUAACACCUUCAAUCUUGUGCUGAGUACUAGGGGUUGCUUGAUAAUAGGAAGUGCUCAGGGCUGUGAUUUUAUGUUUUAUCUGAUAGUACCUCUACAAUGUUGCUGUUGCUGGGAAACCUCUUCUUUACUGGCUCAGAGAGGAGAAUGCCUCUGGUAUUGCUAUGUGAAAUUUUUCCACCCAAGUAUAUACUGCAACUCUUAGGUUACAUGGGACUCGGUCCUCUGGGAGGGCACAAAGCAUGCUGAAUUUGCAGAACAGUGAAAACCAGUUAAAGCUUUUCACCGUGCCAUCAUGAGGACUAUUCACUUCACUGAUAGUAAGGACAAGUGCUGGUGCCCAGCUGACCCAAGGGAGGAUAUUUUGUACAGUAUUCUGUAUUGCUAAGCUCACGUUGGUGAACCACGUUAGCACUAUUGAAGACCCUCAGUAUCGACAUUGUCAAAAUACAGGUCAUAUAGAUUAUCAGAGUACCGAAGCUCUCUCUGGUGGGAAGGACAUACCGACUCCCUGAUACAUAACUGAAGACAGUGUGCUCUGAAAGUUGGAUCUGCAGGAGGUCCCAUAGCUGCUGUGAUGAAAGUGGAGCUGCUCUGUAAUAAUUUAUGAAUACAAUAUGUUGACUUGGCUAUUGGUUUCGAAUUAGGCGAAUUCAAUAAGUAGGCUUGAGCGAAAAAAAAGUACAACAGGCAGGAAAGGUUUGACAAGGGAGUGUCUCUUAGAAGAAAGAUUUACAAAAUGUUAAUGUCAAUUCUGGUGGCCCAGGAGAUUCUACUGAUGCUACAGGCGGUCUGAAAAAUGCAUCUCACCUAAAAUGGUAGAAACCCAAGCAGGCAUAGGAAAAUAAGCAUAGGAAAGAUCAAGAGAUCUGCUUCAGAAUAGACAAGAUUUAUGUCUAAGUAGGCUGGGAUGCAAGCUGUUUCCACAGUUUACAGAGAAAUUAGGCUGGGUUACUCUCCCAUUAAUGGAUGGGAAGGCUCAAGGCAGGAGAGAUAUGCAUAUAGACUAUUUUCAAAUCCAUUUAUUUGAAGUACUUAAGUUCACAUAUUUAAACGUAAAUAUUUAAAUAGCGUUCUGUAUUUAAUGGAGUAUUUGCAGACUCCUUGAAAGAAAAGUUGCAAAUCCAUUCAGACUGUGAGUUAGCACAGUCACUACAAACACAGACAGCCUCCUGGACCCCACCAUAAUUAUAGGAGGGUUGUGAAAUCCUGCCCCUCCCCUGGAUAGGUGAAAUCAGAAAGCCUGAAUUAAAGAGAGAACUGAAAACAGACCGAGGAAAGGAUGAGGGUACAGCUAUUUCAUGGCUACUUCAGAGCUCACAGAGAGCUCUGGCACUCAUUUAUUACACAGGGCAUAGCAAGAGUACCAGCAACAGGUUUUCAUGACAGCAACCUACCCUGUAUACAUUUUUUCUCUCCUUCAAAAUACAAGCAUAGAAAUGUUUUGGAGAGAUUGUUUUUUUUUAAUAAUUUGGGAUCUUUUAAUGACUUAGAAACUCAAACCCCUGAAGUAAAGCAAAUCUACCCAUGCGUCUAGCCACGAGCAAAAAAAUAGGGGGAAGAUCAAAACUUUUAGUAAAAAUUAAUAAAGCUCUAGAACAUACCUAAAGCUGCUUUCCGGUAUAGCAUAACAGUACAGAUUUAAGACCUGAUAUCUUGAGACUUCUUAUGGUUAAAAUUAAACGCUGUGUUUCCUAUUAUAAACCAAUAUUUUUUCUGCAGGUACAGAAUUCCUACUUGCCUAGCCCCUAUGUGAAUCCUAAUAUCAGAAAUGUUCUAACAAAUGCUUUUCAAUGUAACAAACAGUCAUUUUAGACACUUAAAAUUAACAUCAGCAGAAAGGAAUCAGUUUUUUAGGAUGAUUUCUAGGUUUAUUUCAGGGGAGGAGAGGUGGUGGGCUGUUAGCUGUUUUUAUGAAGCAGAUACAUUUCUAUAAUUGCAGUCUGAAAGAGUGGAAUUGUUUUUUUCAAAAUACUAUGAGUUGAGACUGACGAUUGCAUCAGACAUGAAGAGGACUGAAGGAGGUGUUCAAAAUAUUUUUUGACAUCUGAGCCAUGAACACGAUAGAAGAAAGGAGGGGAAAAGCCUACUGAGCAUGUAAAUAGCUCUCUA